GAAUUGAUUCGUGGAAAUAUUGCUGUCGUGAGUAAUUAUUUAGGACUAAUUAGUCUCUACCUAUGCAGUCAGUCUGUUGCUGCCGCAACGGAUGUAAGUUGUGACUUUACAGGUAUAAUAGUACUUUUGCAAACACAUUUUUCAACUGGAGAAAGCUCGUGGCCAAGAACACCGUUGCCUGGCAAGACACUUUUUAAGGCGUUCAAGGUUAUUUUCAAUUACAGCGAACAGUUCGCUAAGCAGCUUAUUUGCAGAGUGGCGCAGCGGCGAUUACAAAUCAAGCAAGAGUUGCCCAUGAAGUUUGAGAGUGCCAUUAUUGUAAUACAAAAUGUAGCUUUCUAUAAACGAUUUGAGGAACAUGGAGAUGGUAUGUGGCAUUGGUUUUGUAGGGCCAAAGGAAGAUUGAAUGUUUCAGGUGAAACGCUUUUGGAAAUGCUGACUGUUGCUGGCAUAACACCAUUCGAUCUAAAGCAACAAACCUGGCCCAUAGCAAGCCUGCUGCGAAAUGAAUAUUACUCUAAUUUAGGUGUGAAAAAAAUUGAAAAUCUAUUAGCGAUUGCAAUUUUUAUGGUAGUUUAUUAUAAUAUUACCGAUAAAAAUAAUAAGAUAUGGACAAACAGAUGUUUUGAAUUUGAUCGUUUGAAGCAGGAAGGACUUCUGGAAAGAGCCAUAAGUGUUGGCCAGUCGUUGAGACGUGAGGUAGUGACAACAAAAGAGAAAUCAAAAUUUUCGGAAUGGACCGAUAAUUUGUUUGUGCAACUUUAUUGGUUGCCACUGCCGCGUUAUAAGCGUCCAACGAACAAUGAACUACAAAAAGCUUCAGAAUUUUUCAUCUACCAUUACGUGCAUCAAAGUGGAGAGCUGAGCGAUUGGAGAAAUACAUUACAAAUACUUUUACUUGGCCUAAGUAUCAACCGUAAAAAUCGUCCUGUUUAUCUACUCGCCAAUGAAGAUGAGAGGAAAGCAGUGGACUCGGAGAUUCAGUUGCCUUGGAAUGACGCAACAACAACGGUGCCGGAAUAUAAAAAUGAUCACAGUUUUAAAAAGUCAGCAAAUAAAUGGCAGGCUUGGUGUUAUUCUGAAUUGAUUCGUGGAAAUAUUGCUGUCUUGAGUAAUUAUUUAGGACUAAUUAGUCUCUACCUAUGGAGUCAGUCUGUUGCUGCCGCAACGGAUGUAAAUUGUGACUUUACAAGUAUAAGAGAACUUUUGCGAACACAUUUUUCAACUGGAGAAAGCUCGUGGCCAAUAACACCGUUGCCUGGCAAGACACUUUUUAAGGAGUUCAAGGUUAUUUUCAAUUACAGCGAACAGUUUACUAAGGAGCUUAUUUGCAGAAUGACGCAGCGGCGAUUACAAAUCAGUCGAGUGUUACCUAUGAAUUUGCAGCAUGAACUUAUUAAAAUACAAGAUGCAGCCUGCUAUAGAAGAUUUGCGGAAUGCGGGACUGGUUUGUGGCUUUGGUUUACUAAAGCCAAAAAGAUAUUGAAAGUUAAAGAUGAAACACUUUUUAAUAGGCUGACUAAACUUGUUGAGUUGAAGGAUUCUGUUGAGGCGCUAAAAAGCAUAACACCAUUCGAUCGAAAACAAAAAACUUGGGUCAUAGCAAAUCUGCUGCAAAAAAGCGCUUACUCCAAUUUAUGUAUAAAUAAUAUUGAAAAUCUAUUAAUGAUUGCUACGUGUUUUGUGAUUGUUUAUAAUAUUACCGAUAAAAAUAAUGAGAUGUGGACACACCAAAUUUUCGCAUUUGAUCGUUUGAGGCAGGAAGGACUUCUGGAAAGAGCCAUAAGUGUGGGCCAGUCGCUGAGAUGUUCGGGAAAGCUUAAUACAACGUCAAAAGUAAAUACUUCCAGUGGAAAAAUGAUGGACGCAAGGAAAGUAAAGAAAUCAAAUAUUCUGGAAUGGUCUGUUGGUGAAAUUGUGAUUAAGAUGAAAAAAACCAUAGGUUCUGAUCUGUCAUUAAGAUGUGCGGCAAAUAAAAAUAUUUCUUAUGGAGAAGAAAAAAAUUCAAAUUGUCUGUAUUGGUCUGAUGAUGAUGAAUUUGAUCGUUUGGACUGGGAACAACUUCAGAGAAAAAGUGCUUGUCAGUUGUUGGGACGUGCGGCAAACGGUAAUACAAAGUCAAAAACAAAUAUUUCUUGUGGAGAAAUGAAGCAGACAGUGAAAACAAAAAAAAAUUCAAAUUGUCUGAAUUGGUAUGAUGAUGAAUUUGAUCGUUUGCAGCUGGGAGGACAUAUGGGAAGAGCCAUAAGUUUGGGUCAGUUUUUGACAAUGCAACGGAAAUUAAAAAAAAAAAAACAUUUUGUAUGAAGGAAAUUAAUGUUUUCACUUGUGUAUGCAUUUUUAUUUUACUUG